UCAAGUUGAGUGUCAGUUUCGGUUUCAGUCACUCAGCUUGAGCAGAAGACGAAGACGAAUUCACGAGAACUCUGCCAUAUGGACAAAUCUUGUUCUCCAAGCAGCAGCAGCACCCGGCCGUAGGACAACCCACGACGACGUAGCCAUCCAGGAACCCCCACCAACUAACUAGGAACUAAUUAGUAAAAAAUAGUCGGCACAUUCCUCCAUCGCCACCCCUCUCGCUCCGUCCUCCCAUCCGCCAAGAAGAGAAGAACAUGGACUCCUUGGCCGGGGUUGAACCACAGCUCAUCAUCCCCUUCAUCCUCGUCGUCGGGGCUGUGCUCGUCUACAUUUUUGGCUUCAAACAAACCGACGAACCUAGUUACGAACAACUGGCUGUCCUCCAGUCCUCCAACUCCUACAAAGACAAACAUCACCGGUCGGGGGCUACCAACAACCCCAAACAACAGUCAAACAAGAACUCUGCAGCCUCAUCGGCGGCAACAAGUGCCAAACCAAAGACAAAUGGACAUCUUCCAUCAAAUGGGACAGUGAAGAAGGCCGCACCAGCACCAGCACCGUCUACAUCGUCUGCUGGUGGAAAAACGGAAGGACAUAAGAACAAUGAGAACAAACCCCCCGUCGUUCAAGCCGCCAAAAAGAGUGUUAAAGAUCCAGCCAACAAGCCAGAAGACUUUGAGUCUGGUGAUUGGAUUCCCGCUGUGUCUCGUAAAGAUAAGGCCAAGAAACCCAAAGAAGCUCCAGCCAGCCCUGGGAAAAAAGCCGGCGGUAAACAGGAAACCACGACAUCCUUUCUUCCCAUUGAUGCGACCUCUGGCAGUGGCAGCCCGGUGAAGGCUCCCAAGAUCGAAGACUUGUUGGCAGAGAUGAACGUUCUAAAGGAAAUUGAGAAGCAGAAUCACUCGACUCAAACAAGCCCAGACAAGAAAAAGAUUGUUGCAGAAGAGAAGACCAAGAAGGUGCAGCCACCACCACCUGCAACAGGAGGUGGGAAGGCUAAGGUCAAAGUUGUUCCCACUGAGGCUGCCACUAAAAAUGACGAAGAGGAGGUUGCUAAUGAAGUCUCUGCCCCUCCGGCCGUUGUGACGGCUCAAGAAAAGAAGGCGGCAGAGGAAAAGCCAAAGAGCAACAUUGCCUUUGAUGAAAUGAGUGGUGGUGAUUCGUGGGAAGAAGCCAAAUCCCGUGGGGCCAAGAAACGUAGAACCCGCAAAGAUUAGAACAACGAUCGCCAAAAAAUACGUUCCAAAUACUUGGCAAUACAUGUACAGGCCGUGAAUCAAACAUCGCUAGUACUGCUUCCGUGUCGCAGCUCAUUCCUCGUUCCAUUAAUUUAAUCCAUUUCUUCCCACUCCAUGUGACAAAACAAAAAUUGGAAUAAUCAGCCUAAUAUUAAGCGGUCGGUCAAUUUGACUCUCUCUCUCUCUCACAAAUAUCAUGUAUAAUAUCCUUCCUUACAGCCUAAUACAUAACAAGUUAUACUAGAGCGAAUCGUCAAUUAAGAAUCUACUCAAAUUAAGCUAACAACAACCAAUCAAUCAUAAUAUUUAUUGCUAAUAUUUAUCCAUUUCAACGCCUUUUGCCUUUCACACAAAGAUAAAAGUCUGGACUGGAGUCAUCGUGCUCUAUAUUUUCAAUUAUAAAUACAUUUAUCAGCCAGAUUAUGAUACCCAUCCAGACGAAGGAGACGAAUAUUUCUGCUCGUGAUUUCAUUCAAACUUUUUUUGCAAAAAAUGCCUAAAACUAUGUCAUAAAUUAUAAAUGAGACUUUUUACUUAACCUUGUCCACUUUCGUACUCGUGCUCGUAAUUACUAACCCUGUCCUUGUACUACCACAUUAUCUAUAGAACUUCACGAAUUGAUACCCAGCAUAUUUGUGAUUCGAGUCUUAACAUAAUAGUUGAAGUGAUGACGAUGACGUAAUAACUCGAUAUGUAAAUGAUGCAUUCCCAUUAAACCCAAAGAGCAAAUAUUAUAAUUAAUUCUAGAUUUUGUGAAGACGAAGAAUGAUAACGAUUUCCUCAUUAUCGUGUAUUUACCCGAGUCAUUGUCGUCGUAAUUUUGUUUGAUCUAGAUAAGGGAUAAAUAUAUACAUAGAUACUCAAAUUGUUAUUGCCUCAACUUUGUUAAUUAUUUUAAUUAAUUGGUGCUUGAUUAAUUGGAUUACUUGUCAAGUUACGAUUGCUGUUUGUAGGAUAAUAUUGUUUGCUAAGACUAUAGUUUGGUUCCGUUAUGCGUUAUCUAAGUAGGCGUUCCAUACCGUGAGAUUCUGAUAAAGAAAAUCAUGGAAUGAGACACAACCAGAGCUCACAUAUCUUGUGCAUUUUUGUUGUUCAUACCUUAACAAUGAUUUCUCAAUAAUUAAUUUGGACCAAGAUGUGUGUACAUAGGAUUUAAGAUUUAUUACUCUGCGUUUAUUUUUUUGACUAUUUCUGGCAGAUGGGUAUUCUCUUCUCCGGAUUAUAUAAAUAUUAUUCUGUGUGUUAUAUAUGCGUUUGUGCCAUCCAAUCUAAAAAUUAGAGUUUUCGAGCUGAUAUUACGUGAUGUAUAUAGCUUAUAUGACUAUGUGGACGGGAUAUUGCUUGCUGUUUCUCUGUCUAAUAUUUUGCCCCAUUUUUUCCUGGAUUAAAAUUCUCCUCAAAAAAAUCCAUCCAAAUUUUGGUGGAUGCUAUGUUUGGUACAACGAAUGAGGUCAAAUCUUGUGAGUGCAUUUUUAUGUUGUUUAAGAAAAUAUCCCGCACUUCUGUGAUACUAACCUUUGUCCUCAUUACUCUCGUAUCGUAUAUCUCUCUCUCUCUACUUUGUUGUACCGUUAUCAUCUCUGUCUGCAAAGUGCAAAUUGCUCAGAAUAGACGAACCAUUGGCCAAUAUAAGACUUACUCAAAUUAAUGAUUGAAUUUACUGUCAAUAAGGUUUCGAUCUGUCGUUUUUUCGGGUCUCCUCUUGUAUUUGUAAAUGAAUGCAUUUUCUGUAGACAUGAUCGUUUAUUGUAUUUAACUAUUUUUAGCUAGUUAAGAGUUAUUGUUAGUUUACGUAUUUAGAGGAGGCAGGCGCUAACAUUUUGUUAAGUGUCACCGCUACACAGUACCUUACUCACAGGAAGUGUAGCUGGAGACAGGAAAAAGAAAGACGGGGAAAACCAUUGAAUGAAAUUCAAGCUUAAUUGCUUUGACAGCUUUGUUUGUUACUAGUUUAUAAGUUUAUAAUUUUUAGUAUAAUUUAAUUUAAGAAAAAACACCCACGAUAAUUCCCUCUCAUCCAGAAUACAAUUACAAAAAGCCUACGAGAGAUUAUUUAUAUAUUCGUGCUCCAAUGUCAAUUACAUAACCUUACACACAUUUGUACUGCGUGGUGCUAAUUAAAACUGGGAUCGAAUGUGGGCCAGCUAAAAAUACUGUCGAAAGUGAUGUGACAUUUAUUUUCUACCACUUUUUUGGGGCCUUAAAUCAAAGAUGUAAAAAGAAUACCAAAAUUCUGAUGUGGGUGAUUAACGAAUUGUACUAAUUAAGAGUGCAUGAUUAUUAAUUAAGUGUGUGCUUGCUGGAUGUUCCAUUAGUCAUAAGUCAAUUUUAUUGUAACUACAUAAAUACUUGAGGAACUACUUAUAUAUUUAACGAUAAAGCUGUAUUUUUGGGUUCAGUGUUUCAUAAAAAGUUGUAAAAACUCAUGGUAUGGACGUCGUAUUCUUGUAUUAAUUAAUUUGAUGCUGCAGUUUUGCAUCGUUCCACCGUCGUUCGAGUAAUACUGAACUUGGUGAGAAUGCUGUCUGUCUGCACCACGAUUUUGACGAGUGAUUUGUAUAUUGUAUAAGGAGAUAAUCGUGUGUAAAUAUUAACGAGUUAUUUAUACAUAAAGUCAGGGUUCGGGAGUAGGUUAGAUUGAUGAACUGAUGAAAUUGGGUCGAGUUGUUGUCAGCAGGUAGCUUCACACACACACUACUGCUAGCUACAUAAUCAAGAAUAAUAAUAUUCAUCAAGACAUUUUUGUUGUAUGAUAAUAAUUGUAAUAAUGUAAUGAUGCUGCGGGAGGAAAAAAUAAAUCAAACAAUAUAUUAUCAAAUA